UGGGGUAUUCCCGUUAUUUUUAUUUCUAAAUGUAGGUCAUUUGAACUACGAAUACAAUUUACUUACAGUUGGAUCCCACUUUUUUUCAGUAAGCCUAACCCAGUUUGUCCAGCUGAUCUAGAACCACUCUUUGAAGAUAAGAUAUUCCGGGAUGUUUGCUGCAAUAGGGAAAUUAUGGCUCUGAAGAUCUACUGCCGAAGUGAGAAAAAUGGAUGUAAAGAACAAAUGAGUUUACAGCAGGUCAUGGAACACUUGGAAGUUUGUCCGUACUUCGAGGUGCCAUGCCCCUUGGGAAAGUGUAAGGAGAAGAUGAUGAGGAAAGACAUGUCUGAGCACUUGAGCCGCAAAUGCAAACACCGAGAGAUCACCUGUGAAUUCUGCAAUCACAAGAUGGCCCUCACCGAGUUACAGAAACACAAAGAUACAGUCUGUCCUGCAUUUCCUGUAGCAUGCCCUAAUCACUGCUCGUUUUCUUCCAUUCUAAGAAGUGAGCUGUCCAGUCAUCAGCAUGACUGUCCAAAGGCCCAAGUGACCUGCUCCUUUAUUCGCUACGGAUGCUCCUUUAAGGGGCUGAAUCAAGAGAUGAGGGAACAUGAGUCCAGUUUUGCGUCUGAGCACCUGAGAAUGAUGGCAGUCAGAAACACCACACUAGAGGCCAAGGUAGAGGAUGUUAAGAGCGAGCUGAUGGAGCGUUAUAAAGUUCUGCCCAGCCUCAGCAGUCGUCUUGCAGAGGUUGAGACUCAGUAUGAGGAGAUGAGAGAAAAGAACAGGCAGCUGGAGCAGAAGCUAGUCAGCAUGCAGAUGCUGAUGAGCACUCACUCAGAGAAACUGCUUGAAGUCGAGAUGGAGCUGCGGGAGCUUCGUCCACUGCGAGCUAUGAGGGAGGAGGUGGAGGCUCUGAGAGGGUCCGUGGAGAACAUGCGUUCAAUUGUAUCUUCUCUCGAUUCGGGUCGUGUUGGUUCCAGUUCUGGUUCUCACACGCUGGGCUCCUUAGAGCAGCAGCUCUCACGUCACGAUGACAUGAUGAGUGUCCAUGACAUCCGCCUGGCGGAGAUGGACCUGAAGCUGCAGGUGCUAGAGACGGCCAGCUUCAACGGUACGCUCAUUUGGAAGAUCCGUGACUACAAAAGACGGAAACAGGAAGCCGUGGCCUCAAAAACCCUCUCGCUCUACAGCCAGCCCUUCUACACGGGCUAUUUCGGCUACAAGAUGUGUGCCCGCAUCUAUCUGAAUGGGGACGGAAUGGGUAAAGGCACACAUCUCUCGCUGUUCUUCGUGGUCAUGCUUGGGGAAUACGAUGCCUUGCUGCCGUGGCCGUUCAAACAGAAAGUAACAUUAAUGCUAAUGGACCAGGGGCCGGCAAGGAAACACUUAGGCGAUGCCUUCAAACCGGACCCAAAUAGCAGUAGCUUUCGCCGGCCCACUGGUGAAAUGAACAUCGCCUCGGGCUGUCCACUCUUUGUGGCUCAAACUGUCCUAGAGAAUGGAACCUACAUCAAAGACGACACCAUCUUCAUUAAGGUGACUGUAGACACCUCCGACCUCCCGGACCCUUGAAAUCAACUUCACUGGGUCUAGAUAAUAUCAAGUCACACAGCCCUCCCAGCCAAGACUUCCAAGAGCAGGGCUGAGUUUGGGUUUAUAACAGUCCGAGCCGUCAGCUUGUGCUCGAGAGAUGGUGCGCUCUUCGGGAAACAACAGUGCCUUGCUGGGCUAGAUAGUUACUGCCUUUUGGAGGAGGUUUGAGUAGAUGAAUCUCCCAUGUCAGCCACAUCUAAAAUGCUGUCAAGAGUAAUACGUCAACUCUAAUCAACCCAAAGAAUGUUAAUGUCUCUGAAUCUACAAGACGAGGCGAAAUGAUGCCUAGAUGAUGUGUUGGUUGACUAACAUCAGGCCCAAAGUAAAAGGAAGCUGUUUACACUCAUCGUCAUGUUAGCCUUCAAUGAGUAUGAAUGCGUUUGGGGCUAAUGGUCAUCUCUCAUAUUGGUUGUUAAGUCUGGAAGGUAACCCUUCAUGUUUGGUAAUCCUGACAAGCUUUGUAUUGGUGGUUUUGUACAAUAUGCAAAUAUGGAACUGACAUCUGUUGUGUUGUAGUGGUUUGUUGAUGGACAGUUGAUGUGGAGAGGAGUUUUGGGAUUAGAAAGUCUUGUUUGUGUGGGCAGGGGUGGACGUGUUUCUGUGUAGUAGAUAUAAAGGACCUGACUUUGGAGCAUUCAUGAAGGACUACAUCGGCACUAAACAGUGACCCUGCAAGGGUUCCAUUGUCAAAAAGCAAAACCUCAGUUUUUAUGCAUGUAAAACCUAUUGUUACAUGACUUAACCUUCUCUGCGUUUACCACUUUGACACAUUAUUUUUUGUAAUGUUCUACUUAAUAGAUGCUAUGCAUCAGAAUCUAUUGUCCUUUUGUGUUUUGUAUUUUAUUUUUUAAAACAGUCGAAAAUAACGCCUUUAUGCGUCCAGCCAUGCUGCCAGAGACACAUACAAUAAUCCAGAUCAUUUUUCAUGGUAGGGAUGGUUUUUGCACAACUAUUGUUUGAAUGUGUAAUAUGUGUAUAC